UUCGCUCCUACGUCUGCUAUGAUACGUCGUCGUAUCCUCUUCAAACAAUAGUCCCCUCUUAUCAUUUUUUCCUCCUUUCAUCUUCAACCUCUCUCCCCCUUCUUUUUCAGUCACUCAGCUACCAAUGGAGGACUUCUGGAAGAGAGCCAAGACAUUCGCCGAAGAAGCAGCGAAGAAAUCUCAAUCUCUAAGCAGUUCCUCCGCCACUGCAAGGAUCGCCGAUCUCGUCUCCGAAACCGCAAAGAAAUCAAAAGAACUCGCCGCCGAGGCUUCCAAAAAAGCAGAAGAGAUCAAAACCGCUGCUCUCCGUCAGGCUGAUCAGAUCAAGUCCUUCUCCGAUACAAUCUCCAUUCCUCCUCAAUUAUCCGCAAUUGCCGCCGCGGCAUCAGCAACUGCCACUUCCACCGCACUUCCCUCCGUUCCACAGGAAGAGGAGCUCGAGAAAUUUGGCGUCACUGACGAUCUUAGAUCCUUCGUUAAAGGCCUCACUUCCACCACCUUCAAAAACUUUCCUGUCAAUUCUGAUGAAAAUGAAUCUGAGGCUUCUGAUGUGCCCACUUCGGGCUCUAAUGUUCGGAAGGAUCUCAAUGAGUUUCAAGAGAAGCAUGCCAAUCUUGUUUUAACUACUGUUAAGGAAAUUUCUAGGUUGAGAUAUGAACUAUGCCCACGUGCUAUGAAAGAAAGACACUUUUGGAAGAUAUAUUUCACACUUGUCAACACUCAUGUGGCUCCGUAUGAAAAGCAAUAUAUGGAGGAGCUCAGAGCAGCAGCAAUGCAGAGUGAGGAUUCUAAGGUAGAACAAACUGCUGGAGGAAGUGGAAAGGCAGAAGUAACAGGGAAGAAUGUGAAGAGUAUAUCUUCUAAUUCAUCUGCUACUGAGCAAGACUUGGAUACAUUUCUUCUUGGAGAUCUUGAAGACAGUGAUGAAGCUCCAGAUGAUGGUGAUGGCAGCUUUGAUGAUGAUUUUGACAAGAUUGGCAAUUCUGAUGUUGAAGAUGAGAAGCAUGCAAAGAAAGCAUCUGCUACAACAGUUUAGGAUACGUAAUUACCUUUUAAGACAGUUGAAAUUGAAGUUUGCUGCUUGCAACUAGCAGAGAUAUCCGCCAGAGACGAAUGGUUGUAGCAGUCUCAAACGGUGGCUGUGGCACUCUAGAUUUGGUGAAUUGGUGGAGAAAGCUUAUGUAAUUUGUUAUUGUUUAUUUGUUGACCAUAUUACCCUAUAUAGUGGCGGAUUAACUCAUUAGAUAAGAAUUUGUUGAUGUACCCAGGCUUGCCUUGUACAGUUACAUAUUUGUUGAUGUUACUAAAUUCUUAUAUGAAGUUUUAUUCAGCGAAGAACACUAGCAUAA